UACAUGCCAGCUGAAUAAUAUGUGAACGAGUAACAUGCCGUAAAUCAUAGUUGGAUGCUGAAUCUGUCGAGUCUGUUUUAUUACGUGUUAGAUGAGCUUGUAACGUGAGUUCUGAACACUGAACAGACCCGUCGCUGUUAUUCUCAACCUGGAAACCCGCGCUCAGAUCCCUCCCCGUUCACACUGAGUCUCCAAACAGAUGCGCUGCGUUCAAAUCUGCGGAUCCACAAAGAAGUCGAGCUCAAGGAAAAGGAUCCUCCUGGAUACACACAGAGAAAGAGAGCAACGACAGACCCCACCGUUCACAGCUGAAAAAGUUACAAAAAAUCUCCGGGAUGCUUGUGUUUUAAAUACGAACUGAUCUGGGAUCAUUGUUUACAUCAUAAUAUUCUUAUUAACUUCUCUAUCUGCUGCACGGAGAACGGCUGGAAAAUGUCGCAUCCUCCUGCCAAGUUUAAAAAGGAUAAAGAGAUCAUCACGGAGUACGAGGGUCAAGUCAAAGAGAUUCGAGCUCAACUGGUGGAGCAGCAGAAAUGUAUCGAGCAGCAGACAGAGAUGAGGGUCCAGCUUCUUCAGGACCUCCAGGACUUCUUCCGAAAGAAGUCAGAGAUCGAGAUGGAGUAUUCCCGUAACCUGGAGAAGCUGGCUGAGCGCUUUAUGGCCAAGACCAGAAGCACUAAGGACCACCAACAAUACAAAAAAGACCAGAACCUCCUUUCCCCAGUGAACUGUUGGUAUCUGUUGCUGAACCAGGUGAGGCGUGAGAGUAAAGACCAUGCCACGCUGAGUGACAUCUACCUGAACAAUGUCAUCAUGCGCUUCAUGCAGAUCAGCGAGGAUUCAACACGCCUCAUGAAGAAGAGUAAAGAAAUAGCAUUUCAGCUGCAAGAGGAUCUGAUGAAAGUCCUAAAUGAGCUCUACACGGUGAUGAAAACCUACCACAUGUACCACACGGAGAGCAUAAGUUCUGAAAGCAAGCUGAAGGAGUUUGAGAAGCAGGAAGAAAGGCAGAUUGGUCGUACAGGGGACCCCGUCUUCAACGUGCGUCUGGAAGACAAAACCCCAAGACGCAGCUUUGUUAAGAAGAUUGAGAAGAUGAAGGAAAAGAGGCAGGCCAAAUACUCUGAGAACAAGCUGAAGUCAAUCAAAUCCCGGAACGAGUACUUGCUGACUCUGGAAGCCACUAAUUCCUCUGUAUUCAAGUAUUACAUCCAUGACUUGUCUGACCUAAUAGAUUGCUGUGAUCUGGGCUAUCACGCCUCCUUAAACCGGGCUUUGCGCACCUACCUCUCGGCUGAGUAUAACCUGGAGACGUCUCGUCACGAGGGGCUGGACAUCAUCGAGAAUGCUGUGGACAGUUUGGACCCCCGCAGUGACCGUCAGCGCUUUAUGGAGAUGUAUCCAACCGCUUUCUGUCCUCCGGUCAAGUUUGAGUUCCAGCCACACAUGGGAGACGAGGUGUGCCAGAUUACGGCACAGCCUCCGGUCCAGGCUGAGCUGAUUCUAAGGUUCCAGCAGCUCCAGUCACGCCUUGCUACACUGAAGAUUGAGAAUGAGGAGAUCAAGAAGACCUCUGAGGCCACACUGACCACCAUCCAGGACAUGGUCACAAUCGAGGAUUAUGACGUGUCUGAGUGUUUCCACCACAGCCGCUCCACAGAGUCGGUCAAGUCCACCGUGUCCGAAACGUACCUCAGCAAACCCAGCAUCGCCAAGAGACGUGCCAAUCAGCAGGAGACCGAGCAGUUCUAUUUCAUGAAAUUUCGUGAGUUUCUUGAGGGCAGCAAUUUGAUCGCCAAACUCCAGGCCAAGCAUGACCUGCUGAAGAGAGCACUGGGAGAAGGUCACCGAGCAGAAUACAUGACCACAAGCCGUGGACGGCGGAACUCUCACACCCGGCAUCAGGACUCUGGACAAGUUAUUCCACGAGUGGUAGAGAGCUGCAUUCGAUUCAUCAAUCUUUAUGGUCUUCAGCAUCAAGGCAUAUUCCGUGUAUCUGGCUCUCAAGUUGAAGUCAAUGAUAUUAAGAAUUCAUUCGAGAGAGGCAACGAUCCUCUCACUGAUGACGAGGAUAACCAUGAUAUGAACUCAGUGGCAGGAGUUCUCAAACUCUACUUCCGAGGACUGGAGAACCCUCUCUUUCCAAAGGAGAGGUUUAAUGACCUUAUCUCCUGCAUCAGAAUAGAAAACCUGUAUGAGAGAGCCCUAUACAUUCGUAAAAUCCUCCUCACUUUACCCAGAUCUGUCCUCAUAGUCAUGCGCUACCUGUUUGCUUUCCUCAACCAUCUGUCCCAAUACAGUGAUGAGAAUAUGAUGGACCCCUACAACCUGGCCAUUUGUUUCGGCCCCACGCUCAUGCCCACCCCUGACACCCAGGACCAGGUGUCUUGCCAAGCUCAUGUCAAUGAGGUCGUUAAGACCAUCAUCAUCCACCACGAGACCAUCUUUCCUGAUGCCAAGGAGCUAGACGGUCCUGUAUACGAGAAAUGCAUGGCUGGAGGAGACUACUGUGAAAGUCCUUAUAGUGAGCAUGGAGUCCUGGAGGAAGUGGACCAAGACGGAGGCGCAGAGACGCACACCAGUGAAGAUGGGAUCCCAGUUUGAUACGGUUUCUACAGGGUUCUCUGCUUUCUUCCCAAAUUCCAAAACCUUUCCAGUAGGUGGACUGGUGACUUUGCCCCUUGGUGUGAAUUAGUGUGGAAAUGUUUAUGUCCAUCGGUGUAUUCCUGCCUUCUUCUCUGUGUUCUUAUGUUCCAUAUUUUCCUAUUUAUGCUGCACUGAAUCAAUGACAGGUCAACAUGAGUCUAUAGGCAUCAGUAUCCUGUACUCUUUACACUACUUGACAUUUCUAGUGCUGUGCUUCUUGAACUGUGUAAAGUAAAGUAACCAGUGUGACCAAUACUGGUUGGUCCUUCAGUGUGACCAACUUCGCUGUUAAGCCUGUCUACAUCCUGCCUACAUCUAUUUUUAUUCCCAAGGAAGUAUUAUGGCUAACACUAUUUUUGGUGCUAGUCAUUGUGUGUACAGUAUGUCUUAGUAAAGUUAGGAUUCUCCUGAAAGUGUGUGCGAAUGUUAAAUGGAGUAAUAAUAACUAAUCCUGCCUUUCUUAAUAAAAAUUGCUUGGUAAUGCAAGUAGAGCACAGCUUUUAGUCAUCCUUUUAUAUUAUAAUCUUGGCAAAUGUGGGUCUCAACAACAAGAACAGAACCUUUAUCAGUUCUAUGAUGUUCAUCCUAAGGUUUUAAAUAAGUGCCAGUGCUUUCACUUCCCCUCUCCCUCUCUCUUUCUCUCUUCCUCUCCGAUGACAUGACAUAUAGGUGGCAAUGUUAAAAUACUUUUUAAUCCUUUAUUCUGCUCAUCUCAGUAGCUUUUCAGGGAAACUUAGAGGAAACAGCUGUCACAGCGACAAAAAUGAAAACAAUUCCUAUGAAAGCAGACAUAUUUCCUGUCUUUCAAUAUAGUACUGAAUUUUUUUUAUCUGCGCCUCAUCUGAGGAAGCAAAAACAGCCUCAUCUAUUGCACUGAUUUUCUAUUAGGGCACUCAACAAUUAAGUAUGAUUGUUGAGUUGUUUCCAUGCCGAUUUGUCAAGCAUCGUUUGAAGUGAGUUUGAUGUUAAUGCUGUAUUUUUUCCUGGCAGAUCUUGAGUGAAUUCUUGUACGGUCAAUUCUCUAUAAUUAAGGUUUGUUUCACUUAUGCUUUAAAUGGAAGAUUCUGGUUCUCUCAACAGUCAGGUUUUAUAGCAAAACAUGUAGACUUGUAGACCUAUUAAUGAGGAAUUACAGGAAGUCCGUACUCAUUCUGUUAAACGUCACCCACAUCAGGCGCCUGUGCACAUUCCGAAAACGCAGCGUUUGUCAUGCCUCCUAUCUGGGUUUUUACAAACACUGCCAGAAAGACGGAUCUCAUUUCCAUGGCAACUGUAACAGCACCCAAAACCUUAUUAGUCUUGUUCAUACAAGCUUUUCAGUUCCAAACAUCAGUCCUCAUCAAGUCUUUAAACAGCAUUUCAGCACGAUGAGAAUUAUUUUGGCCUGUUCUCAUCUAUUCAGACUACAUGAGUCAUAUGCAUUAAUUCUUUCAUCCACCAGGGCCCACAUAGACUCCUGAUUGUGUGUCAUCAGCUGAGUUUUCCGUCAGCUCCCACAGAUGUAGGCUUACACUUAUAGGUCCCAGUUCAUUACUGUGAGCUGCCAUGGUUUUCUGCCCCAAAUGUUUUUGCUCUGAGGGCUGUGGAGGGGCUGCGUUCCAGAACUCACAGUCAAAGGCAUACUCAUAGCAUGUUAAACCCCAUUGUGAGCUUUGCCUUGAUAGAACUCCCUUAGGCUCACCCCAAUUAUGUAUAAACUGCUAUCAUUGUUAUUUGUAGUCUUUUAUAGAAAUUAACUUGUGUUUGAUUACUGGAUACUGCUAUUAGUUUCUGCCCAUCCAUUCUGGAGUCCUUCCUCAUGGGGCUGUUAUGUGGGCAGUGAGACCCUGAGCAUAAUGUUGUAACCAGUGCUGUUUGUUUUUAUAGGCUACAUGAAACGAAAAAACAUUGCUAUUAGAAUGCAGAAUAUGUAUCAGCGUCUGAGCGAGAGGACACUUAUUUUACACUUUUUAUGUAAACAUAUUAUUACAUUAGUAUGUUGGUAUUGAUAAUAACAAUAAUAAAAUAUCAAUCUUUUUCCAUUCCAUCUUCGGAAUGUCCAAAUAAUAUUUUAUAAUACUUCUACACCUUUAUAACCUACACCACACUUCUUUAAAUGAAUUUAAUAGAACAUCAUAUCCCCAAAGAAACAAAUGUGCGCAACCUAGAACGGGUAAAAUAAGACCAUGCAAAAUAGUGCUGGUGCAGCUGAUGUAGAUCAGUCCAGAGAAAAUGUAUUUUUAUUUAAAAGUUGUUUUUUUUAUGAUACAGUGCUAAAACUUUCUGCAAUUUUAAAAUGGAUGCAAUACAGCAGUCAUUAUAGUCACAGCUUAACUCCUUUUUUCCAUUAAUGUCAAUAUAUCGAUGUUCCAUCUGGUAAUAAUAUGUCUCUGGGUGAGAGGUCAAUAGUUCUUGGUGUUGAUUUACAGUAAGUGGACACAAUGCGAGUGCUGUUUGGAGUCACAGUUAGAGCUGUGUGUCUUAUUUGGACUACUCUGCACGGGUCAUUAGUUCCCCCUCGGUCACCCGCUGGUCCAUCUGGAGACUGGAGGCUGUGGUGAGCGCAGUGGACCAUGUUCUAUUUGCUUGGCAGAAACUGCUGAGUCGUGGAUUUUUAGCCCUGCUUGAACCGGUUUAGUCAAUUUUCUUCAUGAAUCAGAUUGUUAAACCUUAUCUGGAUAAUUCGGUAGGUUAAAAUAAUGUCAAAUGUAACCUAAGACUUGCAGUUGUUUAAAAUGAGCCCUUUCUUGCAGUUUAAAUGUUUGUGUCACAGUAGUAAAUGUGAAAGAUGGAGUUUUUAGUGGUACAUCUUUGUUUUGUGUCCUCGCUGGUACUGAAGGUUAGCUUCUACCUGCACAGCUGAUUUUUGCACAAUAUACACAGCUCCAUCCAGCACAAAAAGAGCAUGUGAGAAAGAUACCGAGAGAAAUAACAGAGAAAAGGACAUAUGCACAACACAUGAACAUAUUGAUCUCCUUGCCGUCACUUUUAUUAACUGAUUGUCAGUCUCAGACAUGGCCUAUUAAUUCAGAUCGAGCAAAUUCCCACCUGUCACGUCCCAUUGACUGUGUACAUUGCCAGUCACUGAGAAUGAGAUGAGAGAGAUUUUUUACUCAGUCUGUGUGAGAUGGCUUUACAUUUCAAGACUCUACUGCUGUUAAACAUUUUUCACCAAAAAAAAUUAAACUUUUUUUUUUAUUAACCAGCAUAAACAUUUAAAUUUGUUUUUUUUUGUUAUAAAUACACUACAAGUAAAAGAAAUACUUUAGUUUUUGUAUUAUUGUAUUUUUACGUAUGACUGUUAAGUCACAUUUUUUAACAACACAUAAAGUAAGGAUUAAAACACAAAGUCAGAAGAGUGGUGUGGUGAUAAUAAGAGCAAGUCCCAGUGUAGUUCCACAUACACCACAGCUAUUUGCCAAUGAUUACAAUUUUACACAUUUUUAUCCAUUUCUUGUUACAUUUCUUGUUGUUCAAAUGUUGUUUUAGAAAUUUAAGCAAAAACAAUUCUGCUUGUCACAAAGAAACUGCAAAGCGCUAGACCUUGAAGACCUCCAUAUGAGAAUAUUUACAGUUUAACCUCUGCCUGUUACAAAGCAGUGACACUGGAGACUUCUUCCAAAAAUGAAACAAUAUCUCCUAAAGUUCACAGUAUCAGCAGUUACACAUUUCACAUCUGCCAUACAGUACAUCGUUACUAGAGAAAUUGAAUCAAUAUUAGCAAUAUUAAAAGCAAUGUUAACAUAGCCAAAUGAUUUGUAGGCAUCACUACUGUCAAAUCAACAUCUGACCAAUCAGAGUUAAGAAUUCAGCAACAGGGCAAUUACUUUUUUUUUAUCCUGUCAUCUUAUUGCUGGUGAAAAUGUAAACAUUCUUUGAGCUGCUUUUUUUUUUUUGCUGUGAGAACUGUUCUGAUGGUCAUGUUUUAUUGGUUGCUGAUUGGGACAGCUUUGUUUUUGGAUGUGCUGUGGAAAAAAAGCCUUUGUGGUUGGUUAAAAACACAUCUCAUUGUGAAGGUGUGCUGCAAGUAGGUAGCAGCAGUAGUGCCUGCGCUCAGGGACCCCCUGUCUGACUUAAUGGGGUCUGGGAGAUAAAGGAGCAGAGGCUAUUUUUAGCUCUGCAUUUCACUUGCUGGCUGAGCUGCUUCACUGACGUGCACCUAUGUAAGACUGCUCGGUUUUAAUGUUUCAUGGUUGCUACUGAUUUUUAAUAUUUCAUGUUUGGGAUUUUUUAGGUUUUUAGUCACUGAAGUAUUUCUGUGUAUCGUGUGGUCACACUCAGCAUUUUCACUGAAUAUUAUAUUUAAUAAUUAUACAUCAACAACAAUAAUAAUCAUAUUCCACUCACGUACUAGAUGUUCUUCUGAAAAUGUGAUGUAUUAGGUUUGAGCACAGCCUAAAACGGGCCCUGAUCCCAGCCUGGACAUGUUGCUAAAGCAACAGCUUAGGAUGGGAACAGGCAGUGCUGCCAGGACUGCUGCUACUUUACAUGCAUCGAAGCCCUUCACGCUCCUUUGAGUCUUUACAUAAAGGUUCAGAGCAGGAACUUUAAUCUCACUACAUUCAAGCUAUUUUAUUCAAGUUUUGCGAAUGCAGAGCCUAUGUUGAGUGAUAUCAACUUUUUAGACAUAUGCUUUAAGGUCUAUGUUCUCUCUCAUGCAUAAAUGAUUCUUAUGUAUUAAUGG